AUGGAUACAAGUAUGCUGAGAUCAGGAGAAGGUGGUUUCUUUGAAUUGACGGCAAACGUACGGAAAGGCAGUACUCGUGUGUUCACCUCGGCAACUAACAUGAAUCCCCAAGCUGGCUCGAGUCGCGAAACUUCGCGUCAAUUGAAGGGAACAGAGCAACACUAUCUAGAGUUUGUUGAGCCCGGUACGCCAAAAUACUAUUUCAGUAUUCUUGGUGUAGAUCCGGAAAACGAGUUCGACUUUACACCACGAAUCCUUGAUAUCACUGGCGCUAUUAUUGGAUAG